AUGUCAAUAGUAAUACAUUCACCCAAUAAUAAAGAAAUUCUUUUUGAGAACACCAAACUUAAUAAUCAUGAUACAUCAACUUAUAAACCCAAUGAGACUGAUCCUAAAAGACGAUUUCAACAACAACAUAUCUCAUCAUAUGAUGAGACUGGAGAGAAUAUUGUAUCUUCAUUAUCACCAUCCAAAAGACAAUUCUUACAUCAAAUGAGUCCUAAUGUAUCCAAAAAGACAAUCUAUGUAAAUCAAAAUCCAUUUAGACAACCUUCUAGUGGUUCAACUACACUUCAAUUACCACCUUCAAGUGCACCAAUGUCAGCAUCGACCAAUCUUCUAGCUUCAACAAGUCGAGAGAUUGGUCCUACUCCAUCACUGAGAUCCACUAGUCGAUUUCAUAGACCUCAAUUGCCUGCUUCAUUAAAGGCACCCAUGAAUAUUGCUCGUUCACAAACAACUGCAUUUGCAUUUCCUUCAACUAGGAAACAAAUAACAUCAAAUAAUACAUCUCCAUUUAAAUUACGUAGAGCAAAUUCAUUAAUUAGUCAUGGUGGUUCUUCAUCCUCACUGGAUCAACAACAACAAUCAUCAACCAUCUCAUCUGAUCGAUUUAUUCCAUCUCGUCAUAAUUCAACCACGGGGAAAUUGGAUCCAAAUAAUGAAGAUAAACCAGUUCCACCAAAUGCAUCUCCACAAACAUAUAUCAAUUCACAAACUUCAAAAAUCUAUAAACAUCAUGUUGCUGAAGCUUGUGGAUUGGAAGUUAAUUCUAGAAUAUUGUUAUAUCAACCAUUACCUCCAGAACGUAAGAAACCAGUUAGUUUAUUAGGACAAUUAUCAACAUCAACCACUUCAAUAGUUUCAAAACAACUAGGAGGUAAAAAUUCACUUACUCCCUCUGCUGCAUCAGCUAGAGCGAAAAAGAUCCCCACUGCACCGGAACGAGUCUUAGAUGCACCUGGAUUGGUUGAUGAUUUCUAUUUAAACCUAUUAGCAUGGUCACUGACGAAUUUAUUAGCCAUUGGACUUGAGGAUGCGGUAUAUGUAUGGAAUGCCAAUACUGGAUCAGUAGGAUUAUUAUGUGAAUUACCCGAUAAAACAAUAGUUACUAGUUUAAGAUGGUCAAAUGAUGGAUCCUAUAUUUCAAUUGGGAAAGAUGAUGGAUUGAUGGAGAUUUGGGAUAUUGAAACAAAUACAAAAUUAAGAACUUUGAAUUGUAAUAAUCAUCAAACUAGAAUUGCGGCCCAAGAUUGGAAUCAACAUAUUUUGACAUCUGGUAGUCGAUUAGGGAAUAUUUAUAAUUCGGAUGUAAGAGUGGCUUCUCAUGUUGUUAGUGCUUUAGAAGGAUCUCAUACUGCUGAAAUUUGUGGGAUUGAAUAUCGUGCUGAUGGGAGUCAAUUUGCUUCCGGUGGGAAUGACAAUGUUGUAUGUAUAUGGGAUGCCAGGAAUGUCACCCCAACCUCAACUUCCUCCACCAAUUCCACUACAGCCACAACCACCCAACCAUUAUUCUCCAAAACCACUCAUAAAGCAGCCGUGAAGGCAUUAUCAUGGUGUCCAUACCAAUCAUCCCUCCUAGCAACCGGUGGAGGAUCCAGUGACAAAACCAUAAAUUUCUGGAAUACAUCCACCGGAUCACGCACCAAUACAAUCGAAACCGGAUCACAAAUCUCCUCCUUGAAUUGGGGAUAUGCAAAUGGAACAGGUAUGGAAAUCGUAGCUACUCAUGGAUUCCCCACCAAUUCAAUUUCAUUAUAUAAUUACCCGACUUUACAAAAGACGGGAGAGAUUAAUCUGGCUCAUGAUACUAGAAUUUUAGGUGGUUGUUUGAGUCCGGAUAAUUUGACGUUGGCUACUGUUGCUGGGGAUGAGAAUUUGAAGUUUUGGAGUAUUUUUGAUAUGUAUAAGAAACGAGAUUAUGAGGGUGUGGGUGUAGGAGGAGUUGGAGGUGGUGGUGUGAGUGGAGGAGGGAUUGAUGGAAAUGGGGGUGACGAUGAUAAUCAAGAGACCAAGAGAAUGAAAAAGAUGAUGAACCUUCGAUAG